CCCACAACUAUCUCGGACCUUGAACAGUUAAGGUCAUUACUCGGAGACCCAGUUUCGCUCGCUAGCUUUUGUUUAUAUAAUUAAAAAUCCUACGUGACAAUCGAAUCUUCAAUUUCGCGCGAUAGAAAGUCGCAUAUUCAUCUCGUUGCAUUCGAUUUUAUUUCCGCCUAACGAUAGUGCAAGACGCGAUUGUAGGAUUUUUAGUUGCUACGGUUAUACACGUUGCAUUAUUUUCAAAUACGUACCGACUGACAGACCGAUUGUGGGUGCUCGAAUUUUUUUUGUUCCCGUUCGAAGUGCAGAUCGUUGACAGUUUUGUGGAGAAUAAUUUGAUGCAUUUGUGCAGGGAAAAUUUAUUUUUAGUCAUAAUUAAUUUGUAGGAAUUUUUUCGAAUCUAUUCAAAAUACCAUCAUGAGACACCUCUUGGGAUAGUAAACUAGUUGCUGUUUUAGCAGUAUUUUUCCUAAGCCACGUGAUCGUGACAAGUGGAAAGAAAUAGUGUAAUCAUGUUGGCAUUAAAAAUAAUCCCGACGUUACUUUUCAUCGAAGUUAUCGUGACUGGAUCUCACGGUAACACGAGGUUUCUUACAAAAGUCAAUAAUAACGUGUCGACCCUUUUCAAAACAAAGAACGACAAUUUUCGAAUACCUCAGGAGCCGAUCGCUGUUACAAAAAACCCUUUGGAACUGACGAAAAACACAAGAUUCGAAAAUGACGCGGUUAACAUUGAAAAGAACUCGAAAUUCGAACGCAAAAAUAUUCAUGUAGAAACGUCGACGUUCAAUCCGGACGUCCUCAACAAAUUCCUCGAAGAGUACGCAGCGAAAAUGAAAAGCACCACUGAAAACAAUUACAAAUAUCCAUUCACGGUUCUCGAACAUCCCGUGGUACCAUUUCAACUUGAAGUUAAAAAACCUGCAACAGAAGAAUCUAAGGUCAAUAUGAAAAAAAAUGCGACGCUCGAAACGACCGUGUCGAACGGUGGAAAAACGGAGCAAAAUCGAGAGGGUGAAAAUGCCAACGAUACUUUGGAGAGGAACAAACAAUGGGGAAACAAUCCUUACGACGAUCGCAACGGCUGGGUUACUCUCGAAGCGAUUCCUUGGUCAAAGAGUAAAAUAUCUAAAUGGCAAGCAAAUAAGGACUCUCAAAAACCUUGGCCUGAAGAUCAACCGUGGGACAAACCUCAAGGUUUAGGUAAACCCAGCUGGCUAGAGAGGCCCGCGUACGAGGAAAACGUUCCGUGGUUCGAAAAACCCAAACCGUACCACAUGGAGAAUACCGGAAGCCAAAAACCGUGGUACGAUUCCGAAAGGCCGAAGCCCAGCAAACCGACGAGACCCUCGUAUUUCGAAGACAACGGAUUCGGAAGCAGGCCAAAUUACGCCCAAAAAUGGCCACCCGAAAAACCUUGGGAUAAAUACGGUGACUCGUUGAAAGAGUCGUCUGAUAUAAUCACGGACGAUAAGCCGGCAAAUUUUCCGGCGGGAAAUUGGGCAAAGCCCCAAAUUUCCAAACCAUCUCACAGUAUCGAUAGGUUUCCCGAUAUCAAUCCCGACAAUAUCAACAAUGACUGGAAAACACACGACUACAAUUUUCCUCUCAAGUACGAAGAGUUGAACAACAGACCUUCAAAUUUCCCGAAACCCUCCUCGACCUCGUUCAACAGACCGCAUUUUUCUCACUAUCAGUAUUCCACCGAUCAUCCACCGUCGCAUCCAGCCAACGGGGACGGGCAAUGGGUACUGCUGUCGACCAACAGAGGUUACUCCAAGUCCAGACAAAGAUCGAUCAAAAUCGCAUCAACGAACGGCGAAGGUCAGAGCGCGGAAACUCUGAAAAAUGAUCGAGAUCCAUCUGUCGCGGUGAUGACCUCCAAGCGCCAGGUCAGAUUGACAGUUUUGCCCUCGGUGAAUGGAACUAACACGACAACGUCACACGGCGGACUUUUAGAAGUGGAAAAAACUUUUAAAACGGUCGAUCAAAGCCAACGGGAAUAUGAAAGGGAAAAACUUGCCACUGUACCGUCCGUUGUCGCCAAACGACCCAUACGAAAUACCCCGUCUAAUCAACCUUCGAACUCUGCAGUUCUAGCGGCGGUUGGAGCUGGAAUGUUACCAGCAACCAUGGCCAUGGUGAUUCCCAUGAUGCUUGGUAGAAAAAAAAGAUCCGUAAAAACUAAUCACGUGGAAAUCACCUUCGAUGAUAGAUUAGCCGGACGGCUAAGCAACUAAAGAAAGUUCAAACGGUUACAAACGUAAAAAUUAAGUGCCCAACUGCAUCAAUUGCUCAGGUUCGAACCUUUUUUGAUGAAGUUGGUUUUUAUUUUGUAUCUACUAGUUUCGUUAGAAGAAGUAUGUAGUUGUAGAUUUUGUUGGUUCGUACUGUGUCAUUGUUGUUCCAUAUGUUUCAUUGUUAAAUUAUGAAUAGCAUUUCAGACUGUUGGUGAUGAUUAACUUAAUAUUUAAUUUAUUUUACAUAUGUAUAUGAUCGUUUUCUAUUGAAUGUCGUAAUCCGACUGAUAUACAUAUGUAUAUUAUACGUAGUUACCAAGUAUUAAAAAAGAUAUGUAGACCAAACACAAGUUUUAGUUUUACUAAAUCAAAAACAAAAAAAAAAAAACCGUAAUAAUUAGAUCGAUACGGCAUAAAGUUUUUUUGUUAUAUUUAUUUACAUAAAAUGUACCGUGAAAGUACGUAAUUGUUACAAUAACUACAAAAUAUUUGUACAUUUUAAAAUAAAUUAUUAAUAAUCGUA